UGGCCCCAGGCACCGUUGCAGCCAAUGACGCACCAUAGUUGGCUGACGAUUCCUCAAACUGGUCAGAGCACAGGCAUCACGACAAGUCCAUCACGCCCGACGUCGCUGCGCUCCAGCUUCACAACACAGCAAUGGCUCCUCCUUUGCUCUUGCAGUGCCAUUCGCAUGGUCUGCUGCUAAGCACUAGGGCCUUGAUGCAUAAGACCCCAGCAAUCACGAGAGCAGUCUGGCAAAGUCGACUUGCGCAUACGAAACCGAAGCUCCGAGCUGGAGAGAAAAGUCCUCUCCUGAAUCCUCCAGCAUCAACGAGACCGCCUAUUCUGGCUACACCCGAACGAAGCCGGUCAGACUCGGCUGCAUCAUAUUACUUUAACCUAGGCAAGGCCUAUCUGAAGUUCUACAAGGAUGGCCUGAAGGCCGUCUUUCAGAACCGCAGGCUGCUGAAAGAAAAGCUGGAUCGAACACCAGUAGACGACCGACCAUCGAUUUACAAGCCCCAUUACGUACCCAAGUCUUUCUCGAGAGCGGAUUGGGUCCUAUUUUGGCGAGUCAAACAUGAUAUGCUCCGCUUGCCCUUCUUUGGCCUCAUGCUCCUCGUGAUUGGGGAAUUCACAGCCCUCGUCGUUCUCUGGGUAGAUGGAGUCGUCCCAUAUACCUGCAGAAUUCCGAAACAAAUUGGAAAUAACCUACAGCAGGCAGAGGAGCGCCGAAAGCUCGUAUUCAAUGAGUUGGAAGCAAAAUAUCCUCAAGGCGUGCUUAGCCCAGGCGUGAACACAGCUGUUGCUCGCAAGCACGUUUUGCGCAGUCUUCACAUUGCAGGCAACAUGUGGGAUAAGCUUGGAUUCAUCCCUCCAGGCAUGUGGGGGAUUAAGGGCAACCUGCGCAUGGCAUUUUUGGAAGGUGAUGACAAGAACAUUGUAGAAGAUGGAGGCAUCAUGGGCCUGGAGGCAGACGAGCUUCGCAUCGCAUGCGCCGAACGUGGAAUCGAUACCCUUGGGCGAAGCGAUAACGACCUGAGACGAUGGUUAGGCGAUUGGCUACGUUUAACUGCGGCCGAGGAUAUUCAGGAGCGUCGCCGUCGGAUGGCCACGCUCUUGUUAACGAGAGCCGAGCACUGGCCGCAAACUCGCAACUUUGCAUUGCCGGACUGGCAUCUGUAGUGAUGCCACUGGCCGAGCCGAGUAGCAGGCGCCGAAAUCUGACAGCGCGGAGCCGGCGCAACAACCCCCAACCCACUCCGUAUUUAGACACUGAGCUGGAUGGCUCAAAGGGCAUAGAGAUAUAGCAGAUAUGUACAGUAUAGAGGCAUUGUAUUAAAUAAUCCCAUCGUAUCGCAUACUACUUUUUUUUCAAUCAUUUGGCCGGCAAGCUCCUCGAUUGACAGGCAAUGCCCACGUCCUGUCUGACACGGCAAUACGUCACUAUGGGCAUUAUUGGCAUGUGGUGCACACGCGAGCGCAUCUGAUAG